AUGGCCGAUCAGCCUGUCUUGAUCAUUGGCGCUGGUAUCAGCGGCCUAGUGCUAGCCCAAUAUCUCCAACGCCAUGGCAUCCGCUAUCAGAUCUUCGAGCGUGACUCUGCCAUCGAUGCUCGCAGUGGUGGAUGGGGCCUGACGCUGCACUGGGCACUGCCGGCCCUGCGCGAGCUCCUCCCCGACCACCUCGUGGACCGCUUCCCCGAGACUUUUGUCAACAAAGAGGCCUCUGCGCGCGGCGAUGCCGGCCGUUUCCAGUUCUUCGAUCUGCGGUCGGGCUCGCCGCUGUUCGAUGUACCUGCGGCGGAGCGCAUUCGCGUGAGUCGUGUGCGUCUCCGGCAGCUACUGGCCACGGGGGUCGAUAUUCAUUGGAAUAAAACCCUCCGUGGCGUCGAGUCCACCCCCGACGCUAUCGUCGCCCAUUUCGACGAUGGCUCGUCCUACACGGGCCGUCUGCUGGCCGCCUGCGACGGAACACGGUCGCGCACCCGCCAGAUCCUGUUCCCAGACUGCCACCAGAUGAACCCGCUGCCUGUGCAGCUCCUCGGCGCCGCAACCCUUUACAGCGCCGAGGAAAUGGGCGGUGCGCAGUCCAUCGACCCGUUCAUCUUCCAGGGGUCACACCCCGAGACGGACGUGUACCUCUUCUUCAGCUUCCUGGAUACCCCGAAUAAUUUUGACGACAGCAGCAAGGACCGCUAUUAUUGCCAACUCAUCGUCUCCUGGGCCGAUGCCAAGGGUAUCCCUGUUCCGGCCUCCAGUGCCGACCGCAUUGCCCUGAUGAAGCAAUUGACCGAUAACUGGGCUGAGCCUUUCCGCUCGCUGGUGCAGCGGCUGCCCGAGGAUACCGAGGCACGCUCCAUCCGCCUCGAGGAUUGGAUCUUCCGCCCUGGUCGCACGCAUGCACAUCCGCGGGCGGUGCUUGUGGGAGAUUCCGCGCAUUCUAUGACUAUGUUCCGCGGAGAAGGCGCCAAUAAUGCUAUCGUCGACGUACUGGAUCUCGUGAAGCGAGUGGAUAUGCAGCAGCCUGAGUCAUUCAACCCUGAAGCACUGUCUGUUUCCCUAGCAACCUAUGAAAACGAUGUCUUCGCCCGUGCAGAACCCAGCUUCCUGAACUCGCGCCAGGCCUGCCUGGAUGCACAUGAAUUUUCGAGGAUCGUUGAGGGCAGUCCGUUAGUGGCGGCACGGAAAUUAAAAUAA